AUGGAGGGAUACCGCAAGGACGAAGUUCAUCAACACUUUGCCGCCUACAGGGCCGACGGACAGGAGAACGACGACGACGACGACCCUACAUCCACAGAGAGUGCUCACCAGCAUCUCCUGGGUUAUCUUGUUUGGUCCGGUUACAACGAAUAUAUGCCUCACCCCAGAGUCGUGUCACUGCAGAGGUUGAUGGUUAGGUCUGUCCUACAGCUUGCGCAGAAAUGGCCCGACCAGAAGCUGCUGAGCUGUGUCAUGCUAUUCCGUCACGCAGGUGCCUCAUUCUGUCAGGAGAGCCUCGCGUGCGCCGCAUCCGGCGAGAACGGGGCCGAGGUCCUGAAGCAGCUCAAGGCCAUAGACCCUGAUGUUGACAUUGCAAAGCUGGGGGCCUAUGCUGUCGCCAUCGCUGCCAGACACAACAAUCGAGAAGCAGUGGACUGGCUUCUGGAGCAGGGCGUCAGCUUGAGUACGCCCAUCCGUAAAAGGCACCACCUCCAAGAUUACACGAUCUUGUACGCGGCAUUGGGCCCUAUCGAAUUCGCGUUUGAAGAUCGGUUAAGAACCGGCCCCGCGCCAAUCGAGAUGCUGCAGCUCCUUGUUGACCGCGGGGCACGUCUGCGGUAUAUACCGGGCGAAGCCCACCAUUUCAACUUUCUCCAUCGCUUCAUUGAACGUCAUGUUGACGACCGCGAAAGUCACAAAAAGGUCCUGCAGGCUUUACAGCAAUGGUGCGACAUUGCAGACCUCCAUCACCCAACAGCAGGCAUUCUUCUCGAGGCUUGCGCAAAAUCGUGCAACUGGAUCACACUCACGUGGCUACUAGACAGACUACGAGACAGGAAGGUGUCCUUGGAUGACGGUUCUGCUGUUCUCGCGCGCGCGGUAUGGUCACACGCUCCAGACGACAUCAUCCAGCGGCUGCUUGACGCGGGUGCCUGCGUGGAUGCUGCGGGAGACGAUGGCGCCACAGCCGUCAUGCAAGCGUGCUCGUGGGCGAACCUCGCUCUGCUCAAGCAGCUGGUGGGACUGGGUGCAGAUCUACAUGCUCGCGACAGGGAGAGAAGUACAGCACUACACUACGCAUGUGGCGCGUAUACGCGUACCAGCCACGAGGCCGCGCUGCAGGCUGAGCUGGUGCAAUACCUCCUACACCAGGGGGUCGAUUACCGAGAAUAUGACAAGAUGGGGGAGACGGCCCUGGACAUCGUUGCUAGCAACGGCAACGUCGAGCUCGCCAUCUUGUUGCUGGACGACGGGGCCGACCCCAAUGGCCUCCUCCCUGGCAUUGGAUAUUGUUCCGCCUUGGACAGAGCUGCAGGUCAAGGAAGUCUGGACAUGGUGAAGCUGCUGCUCAACGUCGGGGCAGUCAGUGCCGAGCAAGAGAGAAGCGCCUUUGACGGUGCCAUACGAUGGGCGUUGCGCGGGCAGCAUCACGAGAUUGUCAGUCUUAUUCAGCAACAUGCUGGGCUGCGAGAAAUGGACAACUUUGAGCCAUGGAGGAGAUCUUCGGGCGAAAAGGACUGGACCGAAAUCGUCACCUACAAGCAGCGAAGAAAGCAGGUAGAGCAGGCCUAUCGUCAUCGCACAGGCCUGGCCUAG